AGAGAGACAUGCGCAGGAGAAAUUUGUUUCGAAAGGCUGAGUCGCUUCUUUAAUGGUUGUUCAUGCUGUGCUAUCGAUACAUCGAAUCGAGACCUUGUGUCGAGAGUUUACACAUCUCCGAAGUUGUGCCAAGUGAUUUCAUCAUUGACGUGAUUCAUUCAAGCCCGGAUUGUAUUAAUGUCAUUUUUUAAUCGUUCAGAUGAGUAUAGAUAAUAAAUGUAUUUGUCAAACAGUACCGUAGAAGCCGCGUAAAGGCUUCAGAGGGUUAUGAAUAUUUAGUAUUCAAAGAAAAGCUAUUACGGUGUGAUAAUAAAUAAGAGAAAGUGAAGUAACCACUAACCACAACAAAAAUGACAGUUAUGGAUUUUUUUGGUUGUGCCUUCCUGGCUUUUGGUCCUCCGCUGGCCAUGUUUACCUUUACCGUUGCGACUGAACCUAUUCGUAUUAUUAUACUGAUUGCCAGUGCCUUUUUUUGGUUCAUUUCAUUAUUAUUGUCGUCGGUGCUUUGGUACGCUGUAGUGCCGUUACAGAACCAGUUGGCAUUCGGAUUGGUUUUCUCUGUACUAUUUCAAGAAGCGUUCAGGUAUCUUUUAUAUUGGGUACUGAGGAAAGCUGAAAGAGGCUUAGAAAAAAUAACAACAACACCUGUAGCGGAAAGCAGACAUGUGUUUGCAUAUGUAUGUGGUUUAGGUUUUGGUAUAAUGAGCGGUGCCUUUGCCCUGGUCAAUGUCCUGGCAGAUUCAGUUGGGCCUGGAACAAUGGGACUUAAACAAGGCACAGAAUACUUUUUUAUAAUAUCGGCUGCCACAACCCUGUGCUUUAUCCUGCUGCAUACAUUCUGGGGUGUGAUAUUUUUCUCUGCACUGGACAGGAAGAAUUGGGGACAAAUCGUUUGGGUUGUUGGCUCACAUUUGUUCGUCUCGGGCAUGACCCUGUUCAAUGUGUACCAACUUUACAUGGCUAGCCUGUUAUCUGCAUAUGGAAUUUUAAUGGUAACAACUUCACUGGCAUUCAAAGUGGCUGGUGGUAGAGUUCAAAGUAUAACUCAUUGUAUUACAAGAAAAUGAAAGUGCGAAUAAGUGGGUGUGAAUCGACAGAAAUGAACAUUGCGGAAUGACAAUUUCAUUUUUUUUCCUUAAGUAUUAGUCUAUGAAAGUUGUUCAAUACUUUAAUAUACACUGAUUGUGAAAUUGUACGACAUUAACUUAGUAAACUAUACCUUAUUUUUUUAUACCAUUGAUCAAGCCAAUAUUUUCAGAGAUAUGCAUUGGUGAAAAUUUAAAAGGUAUUCAAAUUCAAAGAACUCUCAUACUUGACCAAAAUCUGUAGAAAAUCCAUUACGCGUGGCACUAUUAUUCGUUACAUAAAGUUUUAAAGUUUUUCACGUUUUUAAAAGCAUGUGGUUUGAUCCCGUUUAAAAAAAAAAUGAUUAUUUGCAUCGUGUCUGUAAUACGUUCUAGCACAGAAUGCUUUGGUCAAGCUGCUAGUCCGUCCCGUUUAACCGAUCGAACCAAAUGUAUCGUCAAAAUAAUAUAAUAUUCGCGAACGUAGUUGUAUCGCAGUUUACAGUACACAGGGAAAAAAGAUUUACAGUUAGCGUGAAUGUACAUACGUAAGAAUGAGAUGUGCAUAUUGUACAUGUUAAAUCCGGCAAGGGAGAGAGUAGUUAUUGUAACAGUUCGAGUUUUACGAUUAACAGUGAACAAGAGUAUACACUUGACGAUAAUAUGUAAGGAAUUGUUCAUUAGUUUUUGUAUAUACGAAGAUCCAUUGUACUUUUAGGCGUUUACUACACAUCCAUAUAUUUGGCAUUCCGUUUCACUUACCAUUUCACGAUGGUUUAUUACUCGAUUCGUAUUACAUUUCGUAUGUCAUUCAAAUAAAAAACAUUUUUGUGAAA